AAGAAACGCUAUUUAAGGGUCAGUUGGUAAGUUACACACUCACUGCUACCCUGUGCAUCUGCUGCAGUGUGGAAGAGAUCCAGCCCAAGCCAUCACUCCCUAAGGGUGCUGCUCCAGCCACAGCGAGCAUGAGCAAGGAAGAGCUGAAGGAAAAGUUGGAUGCCCUUCAAUGCCAUUUCACCUGGCAUUUGAGUAUAGCAGGCCACAUUGAUAUUAGCCAUGUCCUGCAGAAGCUGGCUGUUGAAAUCAAGUACACACCCCACCAAAACCAGGCAGCACUCUUGGGGCUGCAGGCAUACCUGUACCAGCUGGAAGGUCAGAGCAGAGAAGCUCUGCAAAGCCUUAAAGAUGCUGAAGAGUAUGAGAGGCAAGACGAGCAGCAGGCAUCUGCUGCUGGUUCAUUGGUUAUAUAUGGGAAUUAUGCUUGGAUUCACUACCUUCAGGCCUCUUACCAGGAGGCUGAAAGCUAUCUGCAACAAGUUGAGCAGCUCUGCACAACUCCUUUAGAUGCACGGCUGAUCCCACACAUCCAGGCCCAGAAAGGCUGGUCCCUCCUGGCUAUCAGAGCCCGGAAUGGGGAACGGGCAAGAGAGUGCUUUGAAGUGGCAUUGAUGCUUGAACCGGAGAACAGGAAUUUCCAUGCUGGGCUUGGAAUGGCUCUUUACUCCUGCUGGAAUUACUUCUGGUAUCCUGAUAUUGCAGAGGAAGCUAGAAUCCAACUGGAAAAAACUGUUCUGGAGCACCCAAAUAACUACAGAGCCAAAAUGUGUUUAGCCAUGCUACUUGAACAAGCAGAUACAGAAAGAUCAAUUAGCUUGAUAGAAGAAAACGUAGAGAAAAGCUCUGAUCCUGAUGUCCUCAAGGCUUCAUCUUCCUUUUGGCUGAAAAGGAAUGCUAUACAGAAAGCAAUUAAGAUAUUACAGCAAGCCCUGGAGCAGAAUCCAGGUUAUCACCUUCUCUAUCAAGCCCUGGCCAAGUGCUAUAAGAAACAGUGGCUUAAUGCAAAUAACAAAGACAAGAAUAACAUAUUGGAAGCAGCCAUCAAAGACCUCAACCAAAUUCUUCAGGAACAUCCAGACCUCGUGUUUGUAAAGCUGCAAUUAGCAGAGUUCUAUGGCGCAAGAGACCCAGCACAGGAAGAGAAGAUCUACAGGGAGCUGCAGGAGAGAAAGGACACCCUGAGCCUCAAAAGCCUUCAAGCCCUUAAUCUCUACUGGGGAAACUUCUUCUUCUACAAGAAGAAGUCUCUUGAUGAAGCAAAAGCCAAGUUUAUGGAUGGGUACCGGAUUCCCAUGGCAACAGCAAUGAGGAGGAAGUGUGCCCAGAAGCUGACCCAGCUGGCUCAGCACUACCACGGUGAGGCUGCUGCUGCUAUUCACCGUGCCAUGGAAGACACUGACCGCCACUUGCCUGCCGAAUUCUCUGCAGCCGAGCUAGAGUGAG